AAAAAAAAAUGUAUACCCCUCAAACAGAACUAAGGCCUUGAGUUUUGACACAUAACGUUUCUGUGGUUUAAAAAAGUCACUUUUAUACAGUUAUAUAAUAGUUUAAGAAUUUCAAUGGCACGUUUCUCUUCGUUAUAUUUCGCACAUAGAACACAUCAAUGGCGGCUUUUGUUUUGGUCCUCUCCACUUCCUGUCGUUUUUGACCACGUGAUGCAUCGCUGUCCAAUACGGUGCGAGGUGACAACGGCUCGUAAUUUUGAACAGACGGCGAGAAGCCAGUCACUCCACAGCCGAACAUACCGUUGAGCUGUCUGCUUGAUGGGUAUUUUAAACUGUUUCUGUAGUCGGAUGAAGUGAACAUAGUCGUAUUUUUGUGAAAAAUAUGAGUUCCCAUAUUAUCACUCCCGGACCGUAUCGAGCCACAAAGUUGUGGAAUGAAGUCACUCGUCUGUUUCGGACUGGCAUGCCCCUUAGGAAACAUCGUCAAAACUUUCGUAACUACUCCUCAUGCUUCACCUCCUCUGCCGCUGUGGACUGGCUCCACCAGCUGCUCGUUAGCAACAGCAACUUUGGCCCUGAUGUGACCAGGCAACAGACGGUGCAGCUCCUGAAGAAGUUUCUUAAAAACCAUGUGAUUGAAGAUGUGAAGGGUCGCUGGGGCACAGAAGACCUGGAUGACAACAGCUCGCUAUAUAGGUUUCCCUCCACUUCACCUCUUAAACCAAUUCCGUGUCCAGCCAAAGCAUCCACUCCAGGCUCCUUAAAGAAAAGACCUUCAUUUAAAGACUUCAGGUUUAGAAGUGCUAAGAAAGGGGAGAAGGAGACACUGGAAAAUGUUGAUCCUGCCCUCCAGGCGGGGGCAGAGAAUGGCCUUUUGGAAGAACAGCAGAUGCCAAGACGAGAGCUGACACUAGAUGAUGAGCAGGAGAUCUGGAAGGACAUCACUCUAAUCCACCUGCAGAGGAUUCUGGAUCUGGCCUCUCUCGAUGGAGUUUUAAACCAGUGUCACAUCAAACCACAGCACAUCAUCCAUAACAUGACCAAAGUCAACAAGCAUGGAGUGGUCACACUGGAGGACAAGAGCAACGACCUUCCUCACUGGGUGUUGUCUGCUAUGAAGAGCUUGGCCAACUGGACCAAGUAUGACGGUACACAGCCUGCGUAUCCUGGCUUUGAAAGGGAUGUCUUCAAAACAGUGUCUGAUUAUUUCUACAGCCUCCCAGAGCCUUUACUCACAUUCGAACUGUAUGAACUGUUUAUCAACGUCCUGGUGUUAUGUGGCUAUGUAGCAACACCCACUACGCAACAACAUGGGAAACGCAAGAAGUCUGACUUCCCCUCAGUCCCUCCCCCGGCCAAGGCAUCGUUCCGCUCCACAGAGUGUCUCCUCCUCUCACUCCUCCGCCAGGGCACGUGCGACGAGACCGAGUCCCCCAUGAGAGACGUGCUGGGUGGAAAACUCCAGUCACGACUGGUGGCGCUGAAGGGAGGUGCAGCGAGAGACGCACAGUUUGGCGGCAGCCUCAUGAGUCUAAACACUGGUGCUUCUGUGAGACCUCAGACCAGGAGCUGCUCACUGGAGACGAUCCUUGAUGAUGGUGCUCCUCUAAGCCGACAGCAGCUGUUUCUGUCCACUGACAGCCUGGUGUCCUUUACUACCACCAACAGCAGCAGGACACAAGAGGACGGUCUCCCUGUCACUACACCCCAUAUUUAUUCAGGCUCUGUUACAUGUGGAAUCGCUCCAGUAGUUAGAACCAGAAGCAGUUCAACUUCUGGACUGCUGGGUUCCAAGCGUUUGUGCCACCUACGGCCCCACAGUGUCGGCAGCUUUCUGGACAUUGUUGUAGAAUGUAGAGAAGAAGAUGUCAAGGAAACCCCCUUGCAGGGUCGAGCAACCAGCUGCUUCAAUGUAAACAUGCCAACCACCUCACAUCACUCCUCGUCUUCAGGUCCUUCCUCAGUCUCCUCCUUUCCUCCCUCUUCUUCCUCCUCUUCUUUUCCCCACCAUCCUCUCUUCCCCUUGUCUCCAUCUGCUGCUGCCAAAGCUCUAGAGUCCCACGCUGCUACAGGAGCUGGUGGGCCUAGACCCACCUCCAGUACCUCUAAUCUCUGGGCACCGUCUGCCCCUGCUGUCGUCCGCCGCUGCCUCAGCUCUAUGGAUGUGUCCAAGCCACCACGUCCUCUGUCUCUGUUUAAACGUCCUGUCGGUGUUCCAAGCACCAGCAGCAGCUUCCGCUGCCUUCGACAAAAACCUGAGCACAGCGUCCUCCACCCUCAGUGUGAGCGCGUAGCCAUUGAGGCCCUUCAGCUUUGCACCCUCCUCCUUCCUCCUGCCUCUCGCAGGAAGUUGCAGCUCCUGAUGAGGAUGAUGUCACGUAUCAGCCAGAACGUGGACAUGCCUCGUCUCCACCCCGCCAUCGGCACCAGAACACUGAUGGUUCACACCUUUUCGGGCUGCGUCCUGGGCAGCGCUGAAGAGUGUGAUUUGGACGAACUGUUAGCCACCAGACUGGUGUCGUUUCUCAUGGACCAUCAGCAGAGCAUCCUGUCUGUUCCUCAGUACCUGCUCAGUGCCAUCAGUGACCAUGUGCUUUACCUGCGGACAGUACAGAUUCCCAUUGAUGAUGCGUCUAACCUCAACCGUGAAGAUCCUGUGUGUACUCCGGUGCCCGUGUUUGCUUUCUGCCGCCAGAUUAGCGGCGCAGAGUUUGAACAGCAAAAGCAGGCGUCUUCCCAGCAGGCCAUGGAGGAGUUACUAGAAAUCCUGCUGACGGACCAGAACAUCAGUGAGAAGGACAGACGCAAGAAAUUGAAGCUGUUCCAGAAGCAGUACCCAGAGAUCUACCACAGACGGGUCCCACCAACAGACAGGGAGAACAAGGCAGAGCACAAACCAAAGAUUAAACCUGCUCUCCUCACCAUCAAGAAAACCAAAGCCUUCAGCAUCAGGAACUGAGACGAGAGCAGGUCAGCAGAUCGUCUGUGCUGCACUGAAGCUGAGGGUUUCUGGAUGUUUCUUUUUUGUGCUGUUGGUUGUACAAGAGUUAAGGGUGUGAUGUUAGAACAUGUCAUCUGUGCUGACAUUAGUUUACAAUGAAGGCAGUUAAAACUGUAUAUAACUUUUUUUUUUUUUUUUACUAUUCUGUUCAUAAAUGUUUUUUUUUCUUCAUCCUCUUUUUCUUGUCUUUUCUUCCUAACACUGUUUUUAUGUUUUUAUUUGUUUUACAUCAAUGCAAGUCUGGUGUCACUGGUUCAUCUGUGAAAAUAACCAGAAUUCUUUUGUCAUUUGGGAGAAUUUGUAGAUUCUUUGUUCUUUUGUUUGUAUACUACAGAUUACAGGUUCUCUAAAGAGUUUUUUUAAAGAUUUGCAGACUGUGAAUGGACAACAAGUUAAUGUCGAUCAUCAGAAUGGUUUAUUUAUACUUAUUUAAUUCCAUAUUAAUUGCCCCCUCCCCAGGUGUCAUCACACCUCGAGCUAUUUUGUUAGAUUAUUUUUACCCUGCUGAUUUGAUGAUGAUGGCGGUUUAAACGUAGAAGUUGCACGAUUUGAAUUGCGUGAGAAGGUGCAAACUUUUACUGUGUCUUGGUUUAUAUGAAGUAUAUUAUCUACCCUGCUACCUGUUUGUCUGUUUUUAUUGAUAGUGUUACUUGUUUGUAUGUGUGUAACUAUUAUGCAAUCUUCAGCAGUGAUGUACAGUGAGUCAGAAUCCUUUACAUUUCUUACUAUGCAGAAUUCAUGGAAUUAAACUUGUCUCAGCUGUUUGUUUAUUUUUUUUAA